AUCGGUUCGACCAGUCACUCUGGCCUUCCACACUUGGUGUUCUAUGUAGCUCAGCAUUACACUGACGCAAUACACCGAUGCUCCCAGCAGUUCAACUGUAGCUUGAGGAUCUCUCUCACUUGAUUGUCAGUUGAAUCUUCAUUGCACCGGUCAUUUCAAAUUCCAUGGCAUCGGUUUAACUGGUCGCCUAUCUUUUGCUGAACUCGUUCAAUAUGAUCACUUCUUUAAGUUUUUUCUUCGUGUUUUGCUUUGCUAGGCCUUUGUAUAUCAUCCUUGGGACCUACUAACAUUCACUUGACACUUUGAUUAGUCCCAAUAAUCAUAUUGUCACUCAAUCACCAAAAUCACAAACAAUGACCUAUUUGGAGCCAUUUUCCUUACACAGCACGAGGGAUUGCAAAUCUCAUGGGACUCUAUCCAUGUGCUGUGAUAUAUAUACUCUAAAAGGUAGUACUACAUUUAAAAAAUGUUUAAAAAUUUUCUACUUUGCUGAUGUUGAAUAACAGCGAGCACCCUUGUGGUACAUUUUAAUUGGAAAUUUCAAAUCGAUAUGUGGUUCGUUGUUGAUGUCCACAUCAGCACUAAAGUAGAAUUUUUUGUAACAAUUUAUAGGUAGGGUUACAUGGUGGAAAUGUAGACAAACCUUGUCACCAGCCACAUGCAGAUCUGAGAUAAAUUUGACUAUGGUUGGAGACUUUUUAAUUUGCUCUCCAGCCACAUGCAGAUGCAGGUACUUUAUUAUAAUUGAUGAUUUAUGGACUGUAUCAGUAUGGGAUAUAAUUAGCCGUGCUUUUCCUGAGGGUAACUCUAGCAGCAGAAUAAUAACAGCUACAACUAUUGAGGAUGUAGCAUUGGCAUGUUGCAGCUAUGACCCUGGUCACAUUUUCAAGAUGAAAUCUCUCAGUUGUGAUCACUCUAAAGAGCUAUUUAUGAGAACAGUUUUUGGCUCUGGACAAGGAUGUCCACGGCAAUUUCAUGCUGUUUUAGAUGAGAUCUCAAGAAAAUGUGGCGGUUUACCCCUAGCCAUUACCUGCAUAGCUACUCUUUUAGCAAGGCAGCCGGAAACAGUAGACCCAUGGGAUUACAUAUCCAACUUUUUAAAUCAAAAUUUGAGAUCAAACCCAACUCCAGUGGAGAUUCUGAAACAAAUACUGAAUCUUUGCUACAUUAUUCUUCCAAAUUGCUUGAAGACAUGUUUGCUGUAUCUUAGUGUAUAUCCUGAGAACUACAUUAUUCUGAAGGAUGAUCUGGUGAAGCAAUGGAUAGCUGAAGAUUUUGUCUGUGCAAAGGAAGAGCAGGACACCGUAGAAGUUGCCAGCAGCUACUUCGAUGAGCUUGUCAGUUUAUGCCUGAUCCAACGGACAGAUAUUAACUGUAUCAAGAAAGGACGGUCCUACAUAGUGCACCCUAUGGUCUUUGAUUUUAUCAGAUGCAAGUCUGUUGAAGAUAAUUUCAUCACUAUCAUUAAUUAUUCUCAGUCGACAGUAGGACUCAUUGAAAAAAUUCGUCGACUGUCCCUGCACUUUGGCAGUGCAACAUAUGCAACUACACCAGCAAGUAUUGGAUUAUCGCAAGUCCGAUCACUCUCUUUUAUUGGACUCUUGUGCUGCAUGCCUUCACUUGUGCAGUUUGAACUUGUCCGAGUUUUGAUCCUUCAUCUCCAGGCCGAGGAUGGGGAUACGACUUUACCCCUCAGAGGAAUUAGUGGAAUGUUUCUGUUAAGAUAUUUGCAGGUCAGAUGCAACUUCACAGUAGAAUUGCCAGAGCAGCUGGGGUGUCUAAAGCACUUGGCAACACUGGAAAUAAAUGCAAGAGUCACAGCUGUUCCAUCGGACAUUGUCUGUCAUCCAAGCUUGCUGCAAGUCCGCCUUGGAGCAAAGACAAAGCACAAACAUCUCACUCUCAGUGAUGUUACAUCUAGCAGGGCCAUGUUCCCGGAUGAUUUAAGCAGCGUACCCUCUCCUGAUGUCGUCCAAGAGUUCGAGCUGCUACCUCCCAUUUGCAGCUUUUCAAGGCUUCCAGCGUGGUUUCAACGACUCCACGGACUCCGUGAUUUGGAGGUUGUGGUCAGAGAGUUGUGGGAGCACGAUGUCCUUCACCUCGGGCAGCUGCCGGUGCUCACAGCUCUCUCUCUAUACGUUCGGAAACCCAGCGUUUCCGUAACCUUCUACGGAAAGGCGUUCCCUGUUCUCAAGUAUUUCAAACUAGUGAGCGGUGCUUUCUUCCUCAUCUUUUUGGAAGAAGCGCUACCCAAUCUUCAGAGGCUCAAGAUAGGCUUCAACGUCCACAGAAGGGAGAUGGGCGGCAAUAUGCUAGUCGGCGUCCACCACCUGUUAAACCUCCAGGAGGUUGCCGCAAGCAUUGGACAAGUCACUGGUGCUGACGACACUGACCGUAUGGCUGCAGAGUCCAAGCUCCAGGACGCCAUGGGCAAGCAUCCUUGCUGCCCAAGCUUCAAGGUGACAAGGGUGGACCCGAUUGACGAAGAAUACGACCUUCCACAUCCAGAGAUACAGGAUCUGAGCCAUGAGACAGAGUCUUCAAAUAAGGGGGAUGAAGUCCUGAAUACACAUGAGGCGUGCAAAGACGUCUUGUCAAAUCAUCAACCUUUUCAAGCGGAAGUGCCCAGGGAAGAUAUGAUGAAACAUGAUGAUACAUGAGGGAGUACCAUGCUAAGCUGAACCCUCCGAGCGGGUACGAGUCCAUGCUCCAUGGCGGCAACAAAGUCCUCCUCGACGACUACCUGCACCGGUAUAAGCAGUCCUUCUACUGCAAUUCGUUGAGCUACAUUCUGUUGUUCUUGUUAUUUGUUAUACUCGGAAACAAAAAUCUGCACAUGUCCAGCGGCCCAAGCUUGAAAAUGACGACAGUGCCCCUGGUGGGUUUUUUCGUCAGCGUGAUCAUACAGCUUGUGAAGAUGACAUCAGCGGCCACCUUUAUCGCCUUGAUGGCUGUGGGCAAGUUCUAUGUAUUAGUCUUCAUGGUUUUGUCGUCCAGGGAUGAGAAAGCUAAUAACAACAACAACAACACAGUCGUCGUGGAAAAUGAUGUGACAUCCAGUACCACUGCCCCUGACGAGAGUACGAGACAGUAGAUGGCAUUGGAAGGAAAUGGCUUGCCAAGGGCUAUCUGAUGCAUCUAGGGAUCCUGACGGCGAGUGUCACCUACCACACCGGCCUGGCACCACUGGGUGGGUUCUGGCUUGGCGGCGGCGUGAGCAACCCAUUGAUACAAGACAACUGGAGGAGGCCCCGGUACCUCAUCUUCCUCUGUGGCAACACCGCGUCCUUCGCGGCCAGUGUCGCCGUCAUUGUACUUCUGCUGCUGCAGUUGCUGCGCGACAACAAGAGGUUGCUCAGCAGGGUGAUGAACACGAUGAUGGUGCUGGGCCUUCUUGGCCUGCUGGUGGCUUACGCGGCCGGCUCCUGCAGGACGCUCCAGAGCAUUGCUGGACCUUCUCCGCCUGCUGGUAAAUACGAUAUCGAUGAUGGUGCUGGGCCUCCUGGUAAAUACGAUAUCGAUGAUGGUGCUGGGGGCCUCCUGGUAAAUACGAUAUCGAUGAUGGUGCUGGGCCUCCUGGUAAAUACGAUAUCGAUGAUGGUCUUGGACGUAUUUGUCCUGCUGAUGACUCAUGUGACUGGCACCUGCAGGAGGCUCAAUUGUGGACGGAUCCACCCCCAUUGAGCCCCUCACUGCAGGAGGCUCAAUUGUGGGCGGAUUCAGCCCCAUUGAGCCCCUCAAAGUCCCCCCAACAAUUUUCAACUAUGAAUGAAGAAGAAAGAGGAAGAAAAGAAGGAAGAAGAGGAAGAAAUGAAGAAAGAAGGAAGAAGAGGAAGAAAAAGGGAGGAGGGAGGAAGAAGGAGGAGGAGAAAAGGAGCACCCCCUAGAUUUACAUCAUACAUCCGCCACUAAGUUCUUGGCCUGCUGAUGAACACGACGAUGAUGGGUCAAACUGUUGCUAUGCUGGCCUAUUUUUCGAUCCGUAUGAUGGUAUAUGUUGUCAUUCUUGAGAAGAAAUAAAGCACCCGCAGCUGCGGCCUCUGCCUCUCAUGCAAGUUAAAAGAAAGACGGAAUUUGGCCAUCUGGGCAUCAGGCACAGAAAGUUUAGUCUGAAUGGGUGUGGUGUAUCCCUUAUAUGUAAUGAGUACGGCAUGUAUUUGGAUAUCUGUGUUUGUACUAUUGUGGUCCAGUGAUAUCUCUCUCUACAGAUUUGUUCUCGGCUUAUCAGCUCAAGACUAAUGUGAUCGAAAUUCCAAACUUAUAUAUGUACAUUUGGUUGGAACAUUGUUAA